CCGUAAUUUUCUUUUUCCGCAUCGUUGGACUUCCAUGGUCAACUCUCGUCGCAGAUCGCUCUAGAGAAAGAUGCAUUUGAGCGAGAACGAAGGAAUCGAAGGCAACGUCUUCGUGGUCACUGGAGGUUUGGGCUUCGUCGGCGCCGCCUUGUGCUUGGAGCUCAUCCGCCGCGGCGCUCGCCAUGUCCGCUCCUUCGACCUCCGCAUCUCCUCUCCUUGGUCCCGUGAGCUCAUUGACAAUGGCGUUCGCUGCAUCAGAGGGGAUGUGACCAAGAAAGAAGAUGUGGACAAGGCGCUAAAAGGUGCAGACUGUGUUCUGCAUCUUGCUUCCUUUGGAAUGUCAGGGAAAGAGAUGCUCCAGUUUGGUCGCACCGAUGAAGUGAACAUUAAUGGUACUUGUAAUGUAUUGGAGGCUUGCUUCAAACAUGAGGUCAGAAGACUCGUGUAUGUGAGCACUUACAACGUUGUCUUUGGUGGUAAGGAGAUUAAGAAUGGGAAUGAAGCUUUGCCAUAUUUCCCUAUGGAUGAUCAUGUAGAUGCGUAUGGUCGAAGUAAAUCCAUCGCGGAGCAGCUUGUCCUUAAGAGUAAUGGCCGGCCAUUUAAAAAUGGGGGCAAGAGUUUGUACACCUGUGCAAUCCGUCCGGCUGCUAUAUAUGGUCCGGGUGAAGAGAGGCAUCUUCCUAGGAUAAUAUCUUUGGCGAAGUUGGGUUUGCUGCUUUUCAAGACCGGUGAUUCGAGCGUCAAAACAGAUUGGAUCUACAUUGAUAAUCUUGUCCUUGCAAUCAUUCUCGCAAGCAUGGGACUCUUGGACAACAUUCCUGGCAAAGAAGGAGAUCCUGUAGCUGCUGGUCAACCAUACUUUGUCUCUGAUGGCUCCCCGGUGAAUAGCUUUGAAUUUCUACGUCCUCUGCUCAGAAGUUUGGACUAUGAUUUGCCCAAGUUUCUGGUAUCUGUACCCUUUGCUCUUUUCUUGGGUAAGGCCUUCCAAACUUUUUACACCAUCCUGUACCCAUGGCUAUCGAAGAAAUGGCUACCGCAGCCCCUUGUGCUUCCUGCUGAAGUCUACAAGGUCAGCGUAACCCAUUAUUUCUCAUAUCUCAAAGCCAAGGAAGAGCUAGGCUACAUCCCAAUGGUUAGCCCUCGUGAAGGAAUGGCGGCAACCAUCUCAUACUGGCAGGAGAGGAAACGCAAAUCUCUAGACGGUCCAACCAUAUAUACUUGGUUCUCUGUCGUGGCGGGAAUGUUAGCUCUCUUUGCUGCAGCCUGGUUACCCGACAUAGGACCGGUACCCUUCCUAAGAGCCGUCCACCUCUUCUUCUUCAGGACAAUGCUUAUGGUAAGGAUCGUAUGUGUCGUCUCUGUGGCACUGCACACUGCGGAAGGGAUAUACGCGUGGCGUCUGGCCAAACGAGUUGAUCCAAACAAUGCAGCAGGGUGGUUUUGGCAAACCUUUGCACUUGGGAUAUUUUCGAUGCGGUUCUUGUUGAAGAGAGCCAGAGGCUAAUGAUGGAGUUACUUUGUUCUGGUACUUGUAAACAAAAGUCGAACAAAAGGAGUCGUUGGAAGGUAUGAACACCAUUAAAGUUAAAUACUAAACCCUAAACACAGUCAUCAUCUUUGUUAAUUCCAUGGCAUAUGGGAGAUGUUGAAGGCUCCUGUGAUGUGAUGUGAUUUUAUUCCCUUAA